CAACCAUGCCCCGCCCCAUUCUGUCUCUGCUUCGUAGCCAUUAGCUGGCUCUCAUAAUCUGAGUUCGGUAUUGGUUAGCCGACGCCAGUCGGAAAGAGUUCCCGCCCUCCAGUGUAGGUUGAUCCACAGUUACUUACCCAGCUGUUAAAGCUGACAGGAUUUCGUGGCUGUCUCCAUCCCUGAGGCUACGUGGACGCCCUUCCCAGGCGUGUAUCCAGUGUCCUCUGGGGAGCAGUGGAGGUUGGUGUGUAGCCAACUUCAGGACUGACUGACCAUGACUUCUAUAAAGGAGCAGGCAGCCAUCAGCCGACUCUUGAGUUUUCUACAGGACUGGGACAAUGCUGGCAAAGUUGCAAGGAGUCACAUCCUCAACACUUUCAUCAAGACCAACCAAGGCAAGACCGCCCCUGAGCUGGAACAGGAGUUUUCCCAGGGAGCCAGCUUGUUCCUGGUACGCCUGACCUCCUGGCUUAGACUCAUCUAUAUGACUGGCUCGUGUUUAGAUAAGCUUCUAAAGUCAAUUGGCAUCUUCUUGUCAGCUGUAAGCAGUAAUCGGUACCUUAUAGAAUUUCUUGAGGUUGGAGGCAUCCUAACACUCUUGGAAAUACUUGGGCUGGAGAAGAUCAAAGAGGAGGACAAGAAGGAAUCCAUCAGGCUACUUCAGGUCAUUGCGAACUCUGGCAGGAAGUACAAGGAGCUCAUUUGUGAAAGCUAUGGUGUAAGAUCCAUAGCAGAGUUUUUGGCAAAGUCUAAAUCAGAAGAGUCCCAGGAAGAAGUGCAGGUUCUGUUGGAUUCAUUGGUCCACGGCAAUCCCAAGUACCAGAAUCAAGUGUACAAAGGUCUAAUAGCUUUGCUGUCCUGUGCGUCCCCAAAAGCUCAGCAGCUGUCCCUGCAGACUCUCAGGACUGCACAGUCGAUCAUUGGAACCACACACCCCAGCAUCGUGGACUGCGUGCUGAAGGUACUGCGCACCAUGCACCUGGAGGUGCAGUAUGAAGCCAUCGAGCUGAUCAAGGACCUGGUCAACUAUGACGUGUGCCAGGCUCUGCUCAAGGGCCUCGUGGCGCUGCUGAUACCGUCCGUCAAGGAGACCAGCAAACUGCAGCCUGAAAUCCUCAACGACCCCGCGGUUCUCCAGCUCACAGCCAACCUGCCGGUGUUCUUGCAGCAGGCCGCGGCGGCCAAGGCCAUCGGGGUCCUGGCGCGCAGCAACACAAGCAUCGCCGAGGAGAUGCUGCACCUGCGCGUGGUGCACAGCCUGAUGGCCGCCAUGGGCAACAUGGACCACAGCAACAGCCAGCGGCAGGCCAGCCUCACGCUGGAGUACUUCGUGCAGACGUUCCCAGUGGUGGAGGAGCACGUGCGCAAGUCCAUGGGAGAGGAACUCUACGCGCUCUUCCUCAGCAAUGCCGAGGACUUGUACAUGAAAAUAGAUAGCAUUCAGGCGGACAUCUUGGCGGCUAACAAAGUCAAUGUUUCCAGAGCAUUAUACACCAGUGGCAUCUCCUACAGCAGACUGAGCUUUUACCUUGGCCCUCCUGAGGAGAAUCAACUGGCUUACACCACAUACUUCCAGAAGGAAGAUUCGGAAGGAAAGGAGUAACAGAGCCUCUGAGGCAAUCCAGAAAGGCCAAGGCUGUGUGUUUCAGGAAGCCUGGCAGAAGGAGCCUAGGGUCAAGCUCAGGGUGACUCCGUUGGCCCAAGGUGGGAGGUGGGGGUUCAUGCCAGUAGGGGAGAGGGAGGGCUGGUUGGGAAAAUUCAAUAAAUAG